AUGGCUACAGCCUUGGAAGAGCUCGGAAAGCUCGAGGAUUUCCCCCUGACUCUGUCCUUCAAGGUGCCGAAGGUGGCUAUCGUACCCUUACCGAGUGCCAGUGAUGCCGCUCUGCUCCUUACCAAGCUCAAGGACAAGGCGCUGACAUUGCUUCAGCCCAUGACGCUGGGAGGCGUCACUCUUCGUCGAGGUUCGGUCCUGCAGGCAAAGCGGGCAGUCAAGGCAAACGCUGUCGACGGAAAGGACAAGGGCGAAGGUGCGAAGGACGAAGCAACUGCCGUGCGGGAGAGGCUCUCGCAGAUCAGCAGCUUCCCCACCCAGCUGGUUUUCGAGCUUCCCGAGGAAGAGGCAGCAGAGGAGAAGGCAAAUCUUGGACUCAUCAAGCUCGACGAACUGCCUGCCAUGGACGGCCACGCGAGCCAUGGAAUGUUUGGCCGAUUGGGUCGUGUAGCCCAGCCCAGCGACUUCACGUGUUCGAGGCGUCCAGGGCAGCCAAAGCAGAUGCCCGGUGAUCUUGUCGGAGUUUGGUCCACAGUGGCAGCACAGAUCCGAUUGAACAGCAAGGACCUCUCGGAACUGCUGGGUCAGCUUCUCCCGGCCGAGAUGACUUCCCGGAUCCUCGAGAAGAAAGCACCCUUGUCCGGCGAGUCUUUGCCACAAGGAGAGCUGCCUUUCGACAUCACGGCCCACCCAUCUUGCGUCGGGAAUGACCACGCCCAGCGUUCAUUGAGCAGAUGGUCCGAGGAUAUGGCCUUCUUCAGAAGCCGAGCUGCGAGCACAAAGGCUUUCUCGCUGAAGUUGAAGGCGAAUGGCCAAUGGCCUGCGCCUGUUGCAUUGGAGGAGCUGCACAGCAACCUGCUGGCACUGAAGGAAGCGGACGAAGCAAAGGUGUCCAAGUCCUUGGAUUUGCUUCUGCAAGCUGCCGGUUCGGUCGAGGGAUCAAGUGAGGACCGCGUGCGUUUCUCGCUGCUGCGCUACUCUGGUCAAGAGCCUGAGGCCUUCGAUGGCAUGCUCUGUGACGCAUGGUUCGCUCUUGUCGACGACGCAGCCUGUAUUGACAGUGAAGUCAGUUAG